UGUAACACAUGAGAUUCUGUCAAAGCAGGAAGUGUGGGUGGAUUUUGUCAUUGAUCGUGGCUUUUCUACUGUAUCUGUUAUUAAUGUUCACAACAAACGAGAUGAUCUGCAUGUGCUGACUUUAUACAGUAAAAGGUAAGUCUCUUCGUUGUGUUUAUUGUCAAAUUAAUUUGUGAUUCGGAAAUAGUUUUCCCAGAUCGCUGCGAACACAACUCCAAGUGUAACGUUAGCGGAUUGUUGACUGCUGCAGUGCAGCCAGCAUACAAAUUAACCACCUAACGUUGGCUAAUUGCUAGCUUGCUAUAUCUAACAAUUUAGCUUUUUAACGGUAUAAACUUAGCUAGUUCGUUUGUUUUGUAUUACAUUUGUCUUUUCAGAUGGCAAAAGAUUCCCCGUUGUCCCCGGCUACGGAGGCCGAUGUGCUAGCUUACUAGCUAGCUAGCUGUGUUGUGGACUUGUUUGAGGGAGUUGGUUAACGUAGCUCGCUAGGAGGCUAACUCGCCUAAGCAUUGGGCCUGAUUAAAAUAAUAGAUGGUAGCAAUGCCACCUAGCAAGCCACAUAAAGAGAAUCAAAUAGCCAUGCGACUGAGGUGUGGAAGUUAGGAUACAUUUAUACAGCUAACUAGUAUAGCUGGUGUCAAGUGUCAGUGUGCCACUUGACUUGUGAGUUCUCUCUAACCCAGUGGAAGGUAAUAAUGCUCUGUUCAAAUCAGAAAAUGCAUGCCUAUCUUUCAGCCUGAUUCAAAAGAUUGAGCGUUUGAUGCAAUUUACUGACUAAAGUAAACAGACCAAAUUCCAUGACUCACUGAUUCUCUUAAUCUGAAAUGAUGUGUAGAGUUGUAUAGCUGAGCUGAUAUCAUUUUUGUCUGCAGCCACAAAGCAUGCUAAAUUCACUCUGGAGCAGAGGACGUCCAGACACAAACCACACUAAUGCUGAUGAUCAGGUAAAACCAGGGUCUCAUUGUGAUAACAAGUGAUACAUCUUUCAGUCUGUUAAGUCACAGAUAGUUGAUCAGCAUCUUCCUCUGUUGCAGUCCAAGAAUGGCUUCGGGAAUGCAAGAGAAACAGUACACCCCAUCUCUUCUCAGUUUUUUCGUCUAUAAUCCUUCAUUUGGGCCACGGGAGGGAGAGGUGAGCGCCACUUGGUUGUUUUUAUGUCCUGUGUGUGUUUCACAUGUUUUCACUAUGAUCUUCAAACAAACUGUUCAUCAGCUCAAUGUUUACUGCUGUAAAUGAUCCAAUGUGAAUAUCUGUCAACUUUGUGGUCUCCAUUCAAAUACUGUGCCUCAUGGAAACUGUCUCCUUGUAUGCAUUGUAGGAGGAGAAGAAGAUUUUAUUCUACCAUCCUAGUGAGGUUGAGAAGAAUGAGAAGAUCCGUAAUGUUGGCCUUUGUGAGGCCAUUGUACAGUUUACCAGGUACACAGGAACUACUAACUAAUCGAUCAUCUUGAAAUACAACAUCUCACAUCUAUGUUAGUUGUGUGUGUUGGCUUCAUAUCUCCUAGCCCAACCACCAUCUUUGCUAUAUUCCAGAACCUUCUGUCCAACAAAGCCUGCUAAAUCCCUACACACGCAGAAGAACAGGCAGUUCUUCUUUGAAGCAGAGGACAGUUUCUGGAUCGUCAUGGUACAUUGGUGUUCCAGCUCAUUUACACUUACUAUAUACAGUGCCUUCAGAAAGUAUUCAUACCCCUUGACUUAUUUCACAUUUUGUUGUUUUAGUCUGAGUACAAAAUUGAUUAAAUAGAUUUUUUCCUCACCAAUCUACACACAAUACCCCAUAAUGACAAAGUGAAAACAUGUUUUUAGUAAUUUUAGCCAAUUUAUUGAAAAUGAAAUACAGAAAUAUCUAAUUUACAUAAGUAUUCACACCCCUGAGUCAAUACAUGUUAGAAUCACCUUUGGCAGCGAUUACAGCUGUGAGUCUUUCUGGGUAAGUCUAUAAGCGCUUUGCACACCAGGAAUGUACAAUAUUUGCACAUUUAUUUAUUUUUUUAAAUUCUUCAAGCUCUGUCAAGAUGGUUGUUGAUCAUUGCUAGACAGCAAUUUUCAAGUCUUGCCAUAGAUUUUCAAGACGAUUUAAGUCAAAGCUGUAACUACGCCACUCAGGAUCAUUUAAUGUCGUCUUGGUAAGCAACGCCACUGUAUAUUUGGCCUUGUGUUUUAGGUUAAUGUCCUGCAGAAAGGUGAAUUUGGCUCCCAGUGUCUGUUGGAAAGCAGACUGAACCAGGUUUUCCUCUAGGACAGGGUUCUUCAAUCCUGGUCCUGGAGGGCCGAGACACCUCUGUUUUUCAUCCUCUCCUUCUAAUCAGGGGCUAAUUCAGACCUGGGACACCAGGUGAGUGCAAUUAACUACCAGGUAGAAAUAAAAAACAGAAGUGUUUCGGCCCUCCAGGACCAGGAUUGAAGAACCCUGCUCUAGGAUUUUACCUGUGCUUAGCUCUAUUCCGUUUCUUUUGAUCCUAAAAAACUCCCUAGUCCUUGCUGAUGACAAGCAAACACAUAACAGGAUACAGCCUCCACCAUGCUUGAAAAUAUGAAGAGUGGUACUCCGUGAUGUGUUCUGUUGGAUUUGCCCCAGACAUAAUACUUUGUAUUCAGGACAUAAAAUGCAUUUCUUUGCCACAUUUUUUGCAGUUUUACUUUAGUGCCUUAUUGCAAACAGGAUGCAUGUUUUGGAAUUGUUUUAUUCUGUACAGGCUUCCUUCUUUUCACUCUGUCAUUUAGGUUAGCAUUGUGGAGUAACUACAAUAUUAUUCCUCAGUUUUCUCCUAUCACUGCCAUUAAACUCUGUAACUGUUUUAUAGUCACCAUUGGCCUCAUGGUGAAAUCCCUGAGCGGUUUCCUUCCUCUCUGGCAACUGCGUUAGGAAGGACACCUGUAUCUUUGUAGUGACUGGGUGUAUUGAUACACCAUCCAAGGUGUAAUGAAUAACUUCACCAUGCUCAAAGGGAUAUUCAAUGUAUUCAAGGUGCCCUUCUUUGCGAGGCAUUGGAAAACCUCCCUGGUCAUUGUGGUUGAAUCUGUGUUUGAAAUUCACUGCUCAACUGAGGGACCUUACAGGUAAUUUGAAUGUGUGGGGUACAGAGAUGAGGUAGUCAUUCAAAAAUCAUGUUAAACACUAUUGUACACAGAGUGAGUCCAUGCAACUUAUUGUGUGACUUGUUAAGCACAUUUUUACUGCUGAACUUAUUUAGGCUUGCCAUAACAAAUGGGUUGAAUACUUAUUGACUCAAGACAUUUAAUUUGUAAACAUUUCUUAGAACAUAAUUCCACUUUAACAUUAUGGGGUAUUGUGUGUAAGUCAGUGACACAAAAUCUCAAUUUAAUACAUUUUAAAUUCAGGCUGUAACACAAACAAAAUGUGAGAAAAGUAGAGCGUCUGCUAAAUGAUGAAAAUGUAAAAAAUGGGUGUGAAUACUUUCUGAAGGUGCUGUAUACAGAGUGGUUGCGCUCUCAAUUUGUCUUUUUGGCAAGUCAUUAGGUCUCCUAGGAUACGUUUGAAUAGAUAAUAUCUCUCCUCUACCUGUCCUUGUUUGCGUAUCCAGGUGGUGCGGAACCCGAUGGUAGAAAAACCUAAUAAAGAUGGGAAACCUCCCACGAUAGAAUAUCAAGAAGAAGAAAUACUUGUAAGUUGUAUUUUGUUGCGUCUUUUAUUCAUGUAUAUUUCAUGUUUGCAUGGUCCAUUUAUGAGGGAAUUCAACUCUUCUGUGCAGAACAUUUAUAACUUGCUCAGUUGUUUAUUCUCUUAUUUCUGUAGGACACCGUUUAUGGUGCAGUAUUACGGGAAUGCUACAGUAUGUACAAGGUGAGCGUCUGGGUGGGACUCUGGAGUAAAACUCAAGUCAUACCAGCUCACAUUCUCUGGUAAAGAUUGUGUAAGACCCUUACAUUUAGUAAGGAUGUGUUUUGCUGAUGGUUCUUUACGCUGCUCUUUUCUCCAGCUCUUCAACGGCACAUUUGGCAGAGCAAUGGAAGCAGGCGGGGUGGAGCUGCUCAUGCAGAAGCUUGACAAGUUCUUUUACAGGGUAAAAGAAAACAAACACUAGGCUACAUAGUACAUACUUCAAGUCUCUGCAACUAUAUGCAUGAUGAUGGGUGUACUAGGUGGUGAGGUGAUUUGUCAUGUCUUAUUGUAUGCAGAACAUUUGUUUUACACGUGUGCUUAUAUACUUUGAGUAAUGUAGCUUGAUUGGACUGUUCAACAGAAAUCAUCGAUGCAUAUUUUCAGUCUUUUCUCAGCAAUGUUUUCCUAGGGGCAGGGCACUGCUAUUUCAAUGCCAGAUUAUUUAUUACUUAUGAAAUUGAUUAGCACAUCUUUGUAAAUAUAACUCAUAUAUUAGACACACAUUGACUCUUACUUCUUAGUAGGGCCUACCUCUUAGCUGUCCUUUGUUUUCACUGUAAAAAAAAAAGAAAAACACAUCUGGUGUUGUAAGCUACAAAGCGUAUAUAUACUAUCCACUUUGCUAAUGGUCUGACGGUGGUGUCCAGGCCUUGCUGCCUGCAUGACAGACAGGAAUGCUACUGGUGCUUCUAGCCAUCUAGAGUGGUUGAUCCUGUAUUGAGUUUCUAGUGAUUAAAUGCAGGGUCAGAUGUCAGUCAUCAGUGGCCUUCAAAUAUGGCUUCCCCCACUAAUUAUCACCAUCUCAGAAAUAGCGCCUUUCUCAAGGAGAGCUGGUCAAAGCUUCCGCCAUACUACAGGCCCACCCCAUUGACCGCAAUGACCUGUGUUCAUUAUUCAUACCUAGCCAAUCAGAGGAAACCCCCAGCUCUCCCUAAUCCUAUCAAGGGCUUCCCCUUCCAGUAUGUAACUCAAAGACACAGAGAAGGCCUGUGGUGUCUGUAUCGUAUCCCAGGUUGAAUGUCACUGUUCUAGCAAUUCUAGAGAGCGUCCUCUCAUGUCUUUGGGUACAGCAAUGUAAGCUCUACGCAGGUAAACUAAUAUCUCCAGGUUUGACCUAUCAGAGAUCCACCUUGGACAUAAAUAUUGUUGCUAUUGAAGCUGGAAAUAGGAGCAUUGUAUUGUCCAGACAUACAGUGUGCAGACCUUUUGUGUUUCUUGAUGAGGUUUCUCAGCUGAAACCUGAGCAUAAUGGUAUGGGCGUAUAAUGUUGCUUUCUAAGCUAACACCUCACCUUCCCCAAGUAUCCCUGAUGGCUAUUAACCAAACGGACACAUGUUUUUCUAUUCACCUUCCAUUGUCCACCCAGACUGCGUGUAUAACUGUCCUCUAUCCCUGGUCUCCUCCAGUAUCUGCAGACGCUGCACCUGCAGUCCUGUGACCUGCUGGACGUGUUCGGGGGAAUCGCCUUUUUCCCCCUGGACAAGAUGACCUACCUGAAGAUCCAGUCAUUCGUUAACAGAGUGGAGGAAAGCCUCAGCCUGAUUAAAUACACAGCUUUCCUCUACAACGACCAGCUCAUAUGGUACAGCUGGGGGAAGCAGACCGUGUGUGGGAUGUGUGGGGGUUGUCUGCUGUACUUUGGUUUAAAACACCUGCCCACAUGUAGAAACCAAAUUUAGCCUACAAUUUGCAAAUGCUAACAGAAGUCGUUGAAAAACAUAAGCUCUGAAUUGUAUUCUUCCAUGAUCUUGAGACACAGGCUGCUUCACCAUUCAACUGGCCAGGCUCUAGUAGGCUCUUUUUCAGGCCUCCCCACAGUGCCAACGCCAGGGAAUAGAGGAGGGGGGAGGUUAUUGGGGUUCCCCUCCUGUGUUGUGCGUGCCAGGGCCCUGAUCUUAUAAAUAGCCUGCAGGCCCUUGGUGCCUCCAGGCAGCCCUUUACCACUGUAAGGUGUGGGGGAGCCUGGCAGCAGUUGGCAGGCAUCCCUCCAAUGCUCCUCAUCCCAUUAGGCUGGGCUAGGUAUGAGGUUGUCUAGGGCAUGGCUGGGAGACACAGAAGAUGCCUUAAAUAUACACAAUCUGAUUACAGUAAUUCCCACCUGACAUGUCGCUCACUUUUAACUGUCAGUCUGACCUGAAAUGUAAUCAGGGGAUUACGUGAACGAUAAUUGAUUGAUCGUAAUGAUUUGAUUGAUUGCUAAUCAAAUUAUUUGAGCAGUUAUGAUAGCAUUGGGCCCAUGCUGAGCCAUGGAGAUUAUGGGUUUAGUUUAUCAAUACUCCUGAACAGACUGUGAACAUGAAUAGGAAAUGUUUGAUGCUAACUAAGGUGUCCCCUUUUUUUGUUGUCCCCAUGCAGGAGUGGUCUGGAGCAGGAUGACAUGCGGAUCCUGUACAAGUACCUGACGACGUCACUGUUCCCCAGACACUCCGAACCAGAGGUGAGAGAGAGCGAGAAGGAGGGAUCAGAGAGGGAGAGCGAUGGAGCUAGAGUGCAAGCAACUGCCACUUCCCUGCCUCUGUUCUACUGAAACUCUGAUCCUCUGCCUAAACCUUCCCUCAACAUUGCCAGAACUCUUCCAACACCUGCUCCACAAUGGCAUCAUGCCACACGAAGAAUGUAUUGUUGUGUAACAAGCGCAUUUAAAAUUGACCACACAUUGAUAUCCCACAGGCUCAGACAAUGUUGAUAAUGACUUUUGAAUUUAUACUAAAGCAGGUUUUCUCUGUCUCUCUCUCCACCAUCUCUCUUCUAACUCUCUCUCCCUCCCUGUCUCUCUUCCCCACCCUCCCUUUCUCUCUCCAGCUGGCUGGUAGGGACUCUCCCCUAAGGCCAGAGGUGGCAGGGAAUCUGCUUCACUAUGGGAGGUAAGUCCUUAAAUGCCCUCUCUAGUCCCCUCCCUCCCUCCAGGUCUCCAGGCUGGGCCAGGCUCCCUCCCUGGGGCUCUGGUCCCCUGCCAUCUCAGGGCAGAAGGACAGGGACACCAGAUCAUCAUGUCAGGGUGGAGCCUUCUAGCCAUGCCACAUCUGCUGAUAAUCUGACUAUAGCAGACUGAUACAUUUAACCUGAGGCAAUGGAGAGAAGAGGGGAUGGAUGGAAUUGCGACUUUAUCGUGUUCAUCCAUGAUGGUUUUUAUUGGAUAUAUUGUUAUUUCAACGUAGUGAUGGAAGAAUUAUAUUGUUUUAGAUUAUCAAGUGAAAGCAAUCAACAGUAAUGGCACAAUAGGAGGUGGGGUAUUUUUGAUAGUUUUGGUAUGAUAGGAAAGUGUCAUUAUGGUAGCAUUAGGUUGUAAUUAAAGUGCGUUGGUGGCCAGGCAGAUAUAAUAUCCAGGCUGAUUGUUUAACAACAUGGAGAAUUACUGAUCAGUGUUCCAACAUGACGUGGUCUUACCCCGCUGACAAUAAUGAGAUUUGUAGCUCUCUACCGUCCCACACACAAGACACAAAGGAGGGGGAUCACACUUAACAGAGAGGAGGAGGGAGAGCCAAGCUAGUUAACGGAGUCCCUGUGUAGCCUAGUCCACCCUAGAGACCUCUGUGCCUGAGGUGGGCCAAGUAGGAGAGCGAGAGUGAGUGAGGGGGAGAGAAGGAAGAGGAGAGCGCAAGAGAGGAGGCGGAGGAGAUUAUUAGCAGAGGUGCUCCACAGUCUCUAUGAAUACUCUAAAACAGAAUCCUUCCUGCAUCCCUUCCAAACAUUGAUUCAACAUGGCUGUAAAGAGGAAAGAAGGGGUUCCACUACAUGGCUUUCACCUAUCCCGUCUGUUCAGAUCAGUGAUUACCUCAUAGAAGGGAAGGGAAUAAAUGAUCUCAAAGAAUGGGUAGAAUUAAGAGGUCAUCCCCUUAGGGCAAGUUGCUUGGCAGAAAGUUGUCAAACACACAGACAAUCUUUAUUUAGAUCUGAAUAGAAGCACAGAGAAGACAGAAUACAAGCACUUAAUAUAAAUGCAUUUUUCUAAGCAUUGAAAUAGAGCCGUUGUUGGAGGAGUGACCCCUGAGAGUGUGCUGCCGCCAGGCCCGUGUGACUUUGAGGGGAAUUGGACACGCCAAGCCUGGGCUGACGAGAGAGAGAGAAUCAUUUAACAAGAAGAUUAGCCAGCAAAGGCCCCAAGGGCAGGGGAGAACUGUGACAGUGCAAAUUAUGGAAGAGAUACACACACAGUAUGCAAACACACUGUACGUCCACAUAUACAUUUACAAACUGCUAGAUAGACUUGGGGAUUCAUCUGUUCAUUUUUAGGCCUGCAUCACUUAAAUGUUUUGUCUCAGGAAUUUUCUAUGCUAUUAUGUGUGAGGUAAAACUGUUUUUUAUUUGUAUCAAACUAGAUUUCUGUAAUUGUGAAACACCCUUGUCAUUCACAGUAAUCGUGAUGAGCUGUGAUCCAUCCUCCCUCUCAUAUCCUGUCCUCUCUCCAUCCUCAGGUUUUUGACAGGACCUGUUAACCUCAAAGACCCAGAGGCCAAAUUCCGGUUCCCUAGAAUAUUUGUCAACACAGAGGACAGUUAUGAGGAGCUGCAUCUGAUAGUUUAUAAGGUGAGGAGAGGGCGUCGUCCCAAAUGGCACUCUAGGGUGUCAUUUGGGACACAACUAAGGAGCAGGGAACUGUGGUCUGGAGUCCUGCUGGGUUCGUGGGAACUCAGUAGAGGCUUUAUUUUUUUGUGUUUUAAGAGAGAUACAGGUAGUACUCCCAUCCCAUUAUUUGUUUGGCAGACAAUUUGAUAAUCUGUUAUUAUUUCAUAAUUGAAGAACAGUGAGAAGGUUUGACCCGGUAUGAGCUCUGAUGUUGGGGGAAUUGGCUUUGUUCGUUGGUAUCUCAAAUGGCUUCCUUAAAUGAUGUAUAAAUUCAAUGUAUUUGGUCAUAAGCUCUAAAUUAUAGGGUUAUUUUCUCUAGACCAUUAUAUUCAAACUGCACAUCGUCUGCUCUUUAUUUCAGGCGAUGAGUGCAGCGGUUUGUUUUAUGAUCAGUGGUGAGUAUCCUCUCAAAUCAUUUGGUCAGUCUCCUCCCCCCAAACAGCUGGGCUGAUGCUUAUUACAUCAUUUCUCAGCAUUCUCUGUGUUCUGCGAAUACAGCAAUGGCAAAUUCUACGGCAUUGUCAUAUUAUGUGGACCGUGAAAGAAAAAACCAUUAUAGAUUCUUAGAAAUUCCUAAGUCCAUUCUACUAAUUCUAACUACUGUAUGGUCAUAUUCUCUCUCCCCCAGCAUCGGUGGAGCUGACGAGGGAGUUCUGUGAGCAGCUGGAUGGGCUGGUGGGACCUCAGCUCACCCUGCUGGCCUCAGACAUAUGUGAACAAUACAAUGUCAACCGCAGGAUAUCAGGGUCAGUACUGUUACUUUAAUCCUCAAAACCUCUAGCCUCCACUCCAAUUCCUGGGCCUGUGUUGUUCCAACAUGCCAUGAUAGAGAUCACGGUCCAAAAUGUAUAAUGUGUUUUUAAAAGGUAAGCGUUCAUGGCACGGCAUCCUCUAUUGACGAUUGGACCAAUGAACUCAAUGACCUGGAGAAACUGAUGAUGGUCCUGAGGUGUAAUACUGCUUAAAGGUAGACUCAAUGAUGCACGAAAUACACAGCAAUAUCGGGCCGAUUUAUGCAACCACUAAGAGCGUUGAAGCACGAAGCUAACCUUUUCCUCUGUUUUGGUCCCGUAGCUACCCAGUGUAGCAGCGUGAAGCACACCUGCGCAGAUACUCUGUGUGAAUAUGUGAGAGCAAAGUCUUGCAUCGCGUUCAUCUCAAUAUCUGUAGUGCUGCUCAUGGCAAUGUCAUAACACUGAGUCUACCUUUGAAAUAACAUUGUGCUGGCUCAGAUAUUUUAUUUUCAUAUUGGCCUUUCCAGUAUGGUUCCAGCAACUAUUUUUUUAUGCGAAAAGAGGCUAGCGCAGUACAGAUCUCCUUGGCUCUGCUCAUCUCGGGCUCAGUAGUGUGAAAUUGGCAUUCGACUCUCCUGUCAUCCUGGUAAUGAUCGUCAUCCUCUCCCUCUGUGUUGUUGCAGGCCGGACAAGGAGCCCCAGUUUAAGUUCAUCUACUUCAACCACAUGAACCUGGCAGAGAAGAGCACCAUCCACAUGAGGAAGACAGCCAGCGUCUCUCUGACUUCCGUCCACCCAGACCUCAUGAAGAUUCUGGGAGACAUCAACUGUGACUUCGCCCGGUAAGCCCAAUGAAAUACCACAAUAACCCUGUUAGGGUUAGCACUCUGAGGCCUAGUUUUGGCAACUCUGUACACUUUUAGAACACCUACUCAUUCAAGGAUUUUUCUUUAUAUUUACUAUUUUCUACAUUAUAGAAUAAUACCUGAAGACAUCAAAACUAUGAAAUGACACAUAUGGAAUCAUCUAGUAACCAAAAAAGUGUUAAACAAAUCAAUAAUAUUUUGCCUUGAUGACAGCUUUGCACACUCUUGACAUUCUCUCAACCAGCUUCAUGAGGUAGUCACCUGGAAUGCAUUUCAAUUAACAGGUGUGCCUUAAAAGUUAAUUUGUGGAAUUUAUUUCCUUCUUAAUGCAUUUGAGCCAAUCAGUUGUGUUGUGACAAGGUAGGGGGGGUAUACAGAAAAUAGCCCUAUUUGUUAAAAGACCAAGUCCAUAUUAUGGCAAGAACAGCUCAAAUAAGCAAAGAGAAAUGACAGUCCAUCAUUACUUUAAGACAUGAAGGUCAGUCAAUACGGAACAUUUCAAGGACUUUGAAAGUUUCUUCAAGUGCAGUCGCAAAAACCAUCAAGCGCUAUGAUGAAACUAGCUCUCAUGAGGACCACCACAGGAAUGGAAGACCCAGAGUUACCACUGCUGCAGAGGAUAAGUUCAUUAAAGAUACCACCCUCAGAAAUUGCAGCCCAAAUAAAUGCUUCACAGAGUUCAAGUAACAGACACAUCUCAACAUCAACUGUUCAGAGGAGACUGUGUGAAUCAGGCCUUCAUGGUCGAAUUGCUGCACAGAAAGCACUGCUAAAGGACACCAAUAAGAAGAAGAGAUUUGCUUGGGCCAAGAAACAUGAGCAAUGGACAUUAGACCGUGGAAAUGUGAGACGCGGUGUGGAUGAACGGAUUAUCUCUGCAUGUGUAUUUCCCACCGUAAAGCACGGAGGAGGAGGUGUUAUGGUGUGGGGGUGCUUUUCUGGUGACACUGUCUGUGAUUUAUUUAGAAUUCAAGGCACACUUAACCAGCAUGGCUACCACAGCAUUCUGCAGCGAUACGCCAUCCCAUCUGGUUUGGGCUUAGUGGGACUAUCAUUUGUUUUUCAACAGGACAAUGACCCAACGCACCUCCAGGCUGUGUUAGGGCUAUUUUAUCAAAAAGGAGAGUGAUGGAGUGCUGCAUCAGAUGACCUGGCCUCUACAAUCCCCCGACCUCAACUCAAUUGAAAUGGUUUGGGAUGAGUCGGACCGCAGAGUGAAGGAAAAGCAGCCAACAAGUGCUCAGCAUAUGUGGGAACUCCUUCAAGACUGUUGGAAAAGCAUUCCAGGUGAAGCUGGUUGAGAGAAUGCCAAGAGUGUGCAAAGCUGUCAUCAAGGCAAAGGGUGGCUAUUUGAAGAAUCUCAAAUAUAAAAUAUAUUUAGAUUUGUUUAACACUUUUUUUGUUACUACAUGAUUCCAUAUGUGUUAUUUCAUAGUUUUGAUGUCUUCACUAUUGUUCUACAAUGUAGAAAAUAGUAAAUAUAAAGAAAAACCCUUGAAUGAGUAGGUGUUCUAAAACUUUUGACUGGUAGUGUAUAUACAGCAUAUUAUAGUGUCCAUAUAUUAAUGUGAUUUUUGUAUGUUGCCUCAGGGUUGAUGAAGAUGAAGAGAUCAUUGUGAAGGCUAUGACAGACUACUGGGUGGUUGGCAAAAAGUCGGACCAGAGAGAGCUGUACGUUAUCUUGAACCAGAAGAAUGCCAAUUUGAUUGAAGUUAAUGGUAGGUCCAACAUACAGUGAGGGGGAAAAAGUAUUUGAUCCCCUGCUGAUUUUGUACGUUUGCCCACUGACAAAGACAUGAUCAGUCUAUAAUUUUAAUGGUAGGUUUAUUUGAACAGUGCGAGACAGAAUAACAAAACAAAAAUCCAGAAAAACGCAUGUCAAAAAUGUUAUAAAUUGAUUUGCAUUUUAAUGAGGGAAAUAAGUAUUUGACCCCUCUGCAAAACAUGACUUAGUACUUGGUGGCAAAACUCUUGUUGGCAAUCACAGAGGUCAGAUGUUUCUUGUAGUUGGCCACCAGGUUUGCACACAUCUCAGGAGGGAUUUUGUCCCACUCCUCUUCUCCAAGUCAUUAAGGUUUCGAGGCUGACGUUUGGCAACUCGAACCUUCAGCUCCCUCCACAGAUUUUCUAUGGGAUUAAGGUCUGGAGACUGGCUAAGCCACUCCAGGACCUUAAUGGGCUUCUUGAGCCACUCCUUUGUUUCCUUGGCUUCCAUGACCCGUUUUCAAUGCCCUGGCUGAGGGAAGGUGGUUCUCACCCAAGAUUUGACGGUACAUGGCCCCGUCCAUCGUCCCUUUGAUGCGGUGAAGUUGUCCUGUCCCCUUAGCAGAAAAACCCCCCCCAAAGCAUAAUGUUUCCACCUCCAUGUUUGACGUUGGGGAUGGUGUUCUUGGGGUCAUAGGCAGCAUUCCUCCUCCAAACACGGCGAGUUGAGUUGAUGCCAAAGAGCUCCAUUUUGGUCUCAUCUGACCACAACACUUUCACCCAGUUCUCCUCUGAAUCAUUCAGAUGUUCAUUGGCAAACUUCAGACGGGCCUGUAUAUGUGCUUUCUUGAGCAGGGGAACUUGCGGGCGCUGCAGGAUUUCAGUCCUUCACGGCGUAGUGUGUUACCAAUUGUUUUCUUGGUGACUAUGGUCCCAGCUGCCUUGAUCAUUGACAAGAUCCUCCCGUGUAGUUCUGGGCUGAUUCCUCACCGUUCUCAUGAUCAUUGCAACUCCACGAGGUGAGAUAUUGCAUGGAGCCCCAGGCCGAGGGAGAUUGACAGUUAUUUUGUGUUUCUUCCAUUUGCGAAUAAUCGCACCAACUGUUGUCACCUUCUCACCAAGCUGCUUGGCGAUGGUCUUGUAGCCCAUUCCAGCCUUGUGUAGGUCUACAAUCUUGUCCCUGACAUCCUUGGAGAGCUCUUUGGUCUUGACCAUGGUGGAGCAUUUGGAAUCUGAUUGAUUGCUUCUGUGGACAGGUGUCUUUUAUACAGGUAACAAACUGAGAUUAGGAGCACUCCCUUUAAGAGUGUGCUCCUAAUCUCAGCUCGUUACCUGUAUAAAAGACACCUGGGAGCCAGAAAUCUUUCUGAUUGAGAGGGGGUCAAAUACUUAUUUCCCUCAUUAAAAUGCAAAUCAAUUUAUAACAUUUUUGACAUGUGUUUUUCUGGAUUUUUGUUGUUGUUAUUCUGUCUCUCACUGUUCAAAUAAACCUACCAUUAAAAUUAUAGACUGAUCAUGUCUUUGUCAGUGGGCAAACGUACAAAAUCAGCAGGGGAUCAAAUACUUUUUUCCCUCACUGUAGAUAGAUGGAUGGAUUAAUUAAUGUUUCUUUGAGCUCAUCUCACAUGUUUUCUUGGUUAUGCUUGCUGAUCCAACCCUGUUUUUUUUCUACCAACAGAGGAAGUGAAGAGGCUCUGUGCGACACAGUUCAACAACAUUUUCUUCUUGGACUGAAAGAAAGAAAGAAAAGAAAGAACUGCACGCAGAAGAGGGAGAGAAAGAGAGACGGUGAGAGGGCAAUGGACUGUUUCACCACACUAAAACUGUCAGCAUUGCAGGGUAUUAUGACAGCAUCAGUGUAAUGCAAUAAUUGCAUAGAUUAGGUAAGAGUUCGACUAAUACCAUGGAAACGCCACACACCCGUCCCCCCAUGGGGGAUAGGUCCAGAAUCUAUUUAGUAACCACAUUAUAGGCCUGUUAGAACACGUACAGUGCCUAGUGAAAGUAUACACAGCACUUGCACAGUCUUCACAUUUUGCU